AGGAUUCACACUUAACGGAACGUCAUCGUCACGUUUUGGACCGUCGACGGUCAGAGAAAUUUCUGAGCAUUCACACUAGACGGCACGUCAACGUCGACACAACGUCGUGUGAUGGUUCAUAAUACACUCGCCAGAGGCGCUUCUGUAGUCUAUUGGUUUAUUAUCGGCAUAGUUUCGGAUCUUCAUAAAAUGCCAAAAUUCAGUCUGAAGCAACUUGCAAUGAUUGCAAUUGCCCUUGAUGAAGAGGAAGAAGAACGGCGACCAAAAAGAGUGUGGGUCAGGAAUAUGUUAAAAGGCCGAGAAUGCGAAGGAGAGUUUCAUACCCUUUACAAGGAGCUGGAAGAGGAGGAAUCGUCCUUCUUCAAAUAUUUUAGAAUGCCUAAACAACAAUUUUUUUACCUUUUAAGCAAGAUACAGACGAGGAUUACGAAGAAAAAUUCAAGAUUUAGGUGUCCAAUAUCACCACGACAGAAGCUGAUGGUGUGCUUAAGGUACUUGGCGACAGGUGAUUCCCUUCUCACAUUAUCGUUCAGUUACCGACUUGGGCACUCAACUGUCCAUAACAUUGUUAAGGAAGUAUGCCAGGCAAUAAUUGAUUCAAUGUUACCUGAAGUAAUGCCAACUCCAACAGAAGAAGACUGGCAACAAAUAGCUGAACAGUUUUUGGAUCUAUGGAACUUUCCCAAUUGUAUCGGUGCAAUUGAUGGGAAACACAUUCAGAUUGUGGCUCCUCCAAACAGUGGAUCCCAAUUUUAUAACUAUAAGCAAACAUUUUCCAUAGUUCUUCUUGCACUAGUUGAUGCCAACUAUAAGUUUAUAAACGUAGACAUUGGGUCUUACGGUAAAAAUAGUGAUGGGGGCAUAUUUGCCCAUUCAAAGUUGGGGAAAGCCUUGGAACUUGGCAAAUUGCAAGUGCCAGGAGAUAAGAGACUUCCUGGUACUGAUGUUGUAGUGCCACAUGUGAUUGUUGGUGAUGAAGCCUACCCACUAAAAACUUAUUUAUUAAGGCCAUAUCCAAAAAGUCAAGCAAGUGGUGAUAUUGCCAUGAGUGCUUUUAACGCCAGGCUAUCCAGAGCUCGCCGAGUCUCAGAAAAUGCGUUUGGGCAAUUAGCCCAGAAAUUUAGAAUUUUUUUUAGGAGAAUUAAUUCAAUGCCAGAGAAUGUGGACAAAAUAGUGAUGGCAACAUGUAUUCUUCACAACUAUAUCAAAGAAAAUGUUUAUGCACAAACUGAAGCAGCAAAUGGGACCCUUGUGUUGCAGGAGCUAACUGGACAAGGUGGUUCAGCUACAUCAUCUGCUUUUGUUGUAAGGGAACACUAUAAAGAUUUUUUCAAUUCCCCUAUUGGUAGACUCCCAUGGGCGUAAUUAAAAUGUAUAUUUUCUUAUGUAUUCAAAAGAUAUUCUCAAACAAUUCCUCUUU